AUGUCACUCCUCGUCCUCCGCACGCACGCACACCGCCAGACCACGCUCAGACUCGCACACAGGACCGUCUUCCACUCGCUCGCACCGACACCCGCAUCCAUGGCGAGCGCCGCGUCCUCCUCGCUCCGACAGCGCAACCCCGCCUCGUCCGCAUCGUCGUCGCGCGACUUGCACCUUCACUCGCACGGCAGCGGGGAUCACGGGCACUCGCAUGGACACUCGCACGGGCACGGACACGGCGGCCACUCGCACGGAAUCGAAGAGACGCAGCAGCUCUCGUCCGCCUUUGCCUCCCUUCGCAACCCCUCGCAACUCGACCCCGGCUCGCGCAUCACGCUCGUCGGACUCGUCGCCAACGUCGGGUUGACGGCGCUCAAGGGCGUCGCGGGGUAUGUCCUCGCGAGUUCCGCCCUGCUGGCCGACGCGGCACACUCGGGGAGCGACUUGAUUGCGGACGUCGUUACGCUUGCGAGCUACAGGAUCGGGCGGUGGGAGCCGAGUGCUAGGUACCCGUACGGAUACGGCAAGUUUGAAUCUCUCGGCUCGCUCGUCGUCUCCUUCCUUCUCUUUGCGACAGCAGCCGGCAUAGGCCUGCACUCGUACCACCACCUCCUCCUGUCUCUCGCCACGAUUCCCUCGAUCCCUCCCGACCUCCUCGCCUCACUCGACUUCCUCCCUCACGGCCACGUCCACGGCCCCGAAGCCUCCUCUCACACCGACAGCCCCUCGUCAGACGGGAUCGUCGACGCCCGAGCUAUGUACUUCGCCGCCGCCUCGAUCGUGAUCAAAGAGUGGCUCUACCGGGCCACGCUCAAAGUCGCGCGUCAACAACACUCGAACGUGUUGCUCGCGAACGCGUACCACCACCGCUCUGAUUCGCUCGGGUCUCUCGUGGCGCUGAUCGCGAUUGGCGCAGCGCGGGUUGGGUACCCAAUGCUUGACCCGCUUGGAGGGCUGAUCGUGAGUGGGAUGAUUGCGAAGCAGGGAUGGGAUGUAGGGAAGGAAGCGUUGGGUGGGUUGGUGGACCAGGUGACGGAUGAGAAAGUCGAGCCGAGCGUUUACGAGGCGAUCCGCGGACUGAGUGCGCACAGUGCGGAUAUCGAGGCGUGGAAGGACCAGAGGGUUAAGAAGGGAGGGAUCUUGCCCUCCUCCUCCGCCUCCGCCUCAUCCGCCGAUGCAAUCCUCCACCCCGAGCCUUGCUCCCCCUCCCCCUCCUCCGAAGAACGCGGCACCCUCCCAAUCCUCUCAAUCCCCUCAAUCCGGCUCUUCGCCUCAGGUCCCUCACUCCUUCUCGACAUCGAGCUGGUCCUUCCCUCGUCCUUGACUCUGCGCGAGGCGAAUCAGAUUGAGCGCAGUGUGGCGGGGAGGGUGAGGGAGGUGGUGGGGGAGGAGAGGGUGAGGGAGGUUGUGGUGCGGUUGAAGGCGGAGGAGGAGGGGGAGCAUGAGCACGCGCAUGAACAUGAGCACGAGGGUGGGGAGCGGGAAGAGGCGGGAGGGAAGAAGGAGGAGUAG